UUCAUCAUCCUAUUCCUCGUGAACCCCAAGAAUCUUAUUCUUUCUUUUACUUUCUCUUUAAUUUAGCUGUUAUAAUCACAGAAAACACACAGUGCAGCCUCUCAAUUUCAUUUUCUUUGCCAUUUAAGGUUAUUUGUACUACCUUGUAUCACACAGUUCCUGCAUUUUAAACCAUCAACUUCUUUUCUUGGGACUUUUGUUGUCAUGUUUUAUAUAUUUUUUGGGUGGAGAAAAGCUACUAAAUGUAAGAAUUUGAUUAAGAGAGUUAAGUGCCGGCUUAAGCUGCUGAAAAACAAGAGAAGUUGCAUUAUCAGACAGUUGAGGGAUGAUUUAGGAGAGCUACUCAGACAUGGGCAUUACCAAAUUGUUUUUGACAGGGUUGAGCAGCUUUAUAUGGAUGAUAAUAUGUUGGUAGUGUAUGAGUUAUUGGAGAAUUUCUGUGAUUUUAUCCUCAUGAAUCUUCCAUACAUCCGUAGACACAAGGACUGUCCGAAUGACAUCAAAGAAGCAGUGUCAAGUCUCAUAUUUGUAUCAGCAAGAAUUGGCGAUUUACCAGAGCUUUUAGUGAUCAGGAAGCUCUUUACCGAGCGUUAUGGGAAGAAAUUUGAAACAUCUGCCCUUGAAUUACUUCCUGGCAAUAUUGUGAAUCAUCAGAUAAAAGAGAACAUCUACAGAAAGUCUGUAUCAAAUGAAGUGAAAUACAGAUUGGUUGAUGAAAUAGCAAGGACUUGCUUUCGACGAGGACCUUUGCUUCUUGAAUACAGAAAUGAAUCACAGCAUGAGAUGGUAAUUACUGAGCAAGAAAAAGUUUCAAAUUCUGCUCGGUCUAGUAUGUCGUUCGAAUCUGCAAUUUCUAGUCCUCAGGCUAUAAUAAAAAGGGAUUCUUGGUUUACUUUGGGGCAAAAAACAGGGAGAAAAGCUACAAAAUCCACUUCAGAAAGUUCAGAUCAAAUUGCCGAGGAGACGAUUUACUUUGAUGACAUAGAGGAGUUUGAGUCCAUUUUGAGCAAAGAUUUGAAUUUCCUAGAUCAGAGGCUAUUCAUAUUCAAAGGACCUCUCUUUCCCUUAAUGUUAAAGAUAGAUACUGAUAUGAAUAUGGAUAUUUUUCCUGUGCAAAAGCCAAGAUUUAUCGCGAUAAAGGAUGCAUCAGUGAAGGAUCAUUUGGAAAGUCAAGAAUGUUGUUCCUUUACGUUCUCAUCAACAUCAGAAAUGACAAAAGAAAAUCAGCAGCCUUAUUUGAGGACGAUUACAAUGCCAACUGAAAGGCCUAAAGAUAAUGUCGCGAGCAACUUUCUUCGAUCAAAUUCAUUUCCGUUUCAAGAGCCUGGAAAAGGAUCACCUAGGAAUAGUCAUGUACAUCCUAAGCUCCCUGAUUAUGAUGAAUUAGCAGCUAAGUUCAUUGCUCUUAAGAAAGAGAAAUUGCAAAAAACUUAAUUGCUUUACCAUACCACUUCACUCUCUGGAGUAGAUUUGAGUGUUAUGUUGGUUUUAUUCGUUAUUCAUUAUAGUAGCAUAAGAAAUGCAUUGCGCAUGGAGAGUUAAGAGAGAUGGAGAGAAUGUGGUGUGUGUUUUCUCUUUCAUUGUA